AUGCGUUUUCUAGUGUGUAAAUCAAACCUUGAAUACGUAGUCCCUAAAGCACAAGGUGAGAGGUCGUUUCUGACUCAGAUACCAGUCCAUGAAGGCAGCCCACUGGGGGAACUUCAUCGCUGUGUCCGAGAUGGUGUAAAAAUCAAUGUCCAUAUCCGCACUUUCAAAGGGCUUCGUGGAGUCUGCACAGGGUUUUUGGUUGCAUUUGACAAGUUCUGGAAUAUGGCCCUGACAGAUGUGGAUGAGACGUACAGGAAACCAGUAAUGGGCAAAGCUUUCUAUGCAGAACCUCAGCUCACACUAACCCGGCUGUUUGACAGACUCAAACUGCAGGAGCCCUCAGUAAAGAAGGGAGCUGACUCAAAGACUGUCUCAGAGGAGCCAGCCCUGUCAAAUGACUCUCAGACGCCUGGAUGGAAAGUUGGAUCAGGACGAGGGAGAGCAGAAGAUGAGCGCGAGAAACAGAAACACUUGGGCAGAGCUGGAGAAAAGAAGAUGCCAGGUGACAGCUUGCAUCUGGCUGCCAGAGGUGAAGCUGACGUGGGUAGCAGGACUGCCCACACGGAGGGUGCCAGUGCUGGUGGUACCCGUGCAAAAAGCCAGUCACGGAGAAAAAGACGGCCCAAAGUGGAUUAUCAACAGGUGUUCACACGUCACAUAAACCAGAUUUUUAUUCGAGGAGAGAAUGUCUUGCUUGUCCAUUUAGCACAUUGA